AUGAUUUGUCCAAAGAUUCAAAAAGAUAUUGUAAUUGCUUGCAAGAUUGAAACAAUUAAGGGCAUCAUAAAGGAACUAAAUGGUGAUUAUUUUUCCUUAUUGGUUGAUGAAUCUUUUGAUAUUUCAUGCAAGGAUCAAAUGGUUGUUGUUUUACGAUAUGUUGAUAGAAGAGGAAUUGUGAUGGAGAGACUUCUUGACAUUGUUCAUGUUAAAAAUACCAGUGCUUUAUCUCUAAAAGAAACAAUUGCCAAUUUACUUUCUCAACAUUCCUUGAGUCUAUCUUAUGUGCAUGGACAAUGCUAUGAUGGAGCAAGUAAUAUGCAAGGUGAUAUUAAUGGCCUUACAAUGUUGAUUAAGAAAGAAAGUAGAUCAGCUUAUUUCAUAUAUUGUUUUGCUCAUCAACUUCAAUUAACUCUUGUUGGUGUUUCUAAAAGAUGUCUUCAAGUUGUAGAACUUGUUCAUUUGGUUUCAAAUAUUUUUAAUGUUUUGGCGGCUUCUUAUAAACGUAUGGAUGAUUAUCGAGAAUCUCAAAAGAAAAAAUUCAAGAAGCUUUUGAUAUGGUUUAGUACAAUUAUGGACAUUCUUGAUAAUAUUGUUGAAACUGCACAUUCUAUGGAUGAAAGAUUCAGGGCAACAGAAUAUAUCAGAAUUGCUCAAACUUAUGAGGUUACAUUCAUGUUGCAUUUGAUGAAAGAAGUUUUAGGAAUUACUAAUGAUUUUAGUACAUGUUUACAAAAGAAGGAGCAAGAUAUUGCAAAUGCCAAGCUACUUGUUAAAGUGGCCAAGAGAAGGCUACAAAAGUUGAGGAAAAAUAAAAAAUGGGAUUUAUUUGUUGUCGAGAUGUCUGCAUUUUAUAUCAAGUAUAAUAUUGUGGUGCCUAAUUUUGAUGAGUCGUAUGUUAAUUCUGGAAGAUCACGGCGUAAAUCUGCUGAUUAUACUAUUUUUCAUCAUUAUCGUGUUGAAGUAUUUUGUAAAAUAAUUCAUUGGCAAUUGCAAGAACUUAAUGAUCGUUUUGAUGAGGUGACAACCAAGUUGCUUUAUGGAGUUGCUUGUUUGAAUCCGGUAGACUCAUUUUCAAGUUUUGAUAUCCAGUAUUUAGAUUUGAUUUAUGCUGAUAAGCUGGCCGAACACCCUUACUUUACAAGGUCCAAAGCUCCUAAAGAUUCUUUCCCUAAUCGAAGUCUUCUAAAAGGAAAAGCCACAAUGGUCAACAACAGUGAAGAGAUUGGCUUGACCGAAAUUGCUAUAGUCCAGCCCUCUACCGCUGAACAAAAUGAGUUGAUCGCACAACUGAUGCAACAGUACGAUGAACAAGAAAAAAAGUGGAGGUCUAAAGAAGAGUCAUCCAAACAUAAUCUAAAGGAGAAAAUCUUGAAAGCUGUGAAGGAGUUGCAUUAUAAUCCAGAGGUCGCCGGAUUCAAUUACGAAGAUUUCGGCAUCCAUCCAAACUUGGACCUUCCUUAA